AUGCAACACUGCUGGCUGGCGAAUACGACGGGACACCCCAACGCCUUUCUACCCUACGAUCAGCUUCGGGAGCAUAACAUUCGGGAUCUGAAGUACACGUUUGAGCUCCUCGGCCCACAUGCAUCAUGGGAGCUCCUAGGUCGAACAUCUGCCGCCAUCCCAACUCUGCGCAAGAUCAAGGACCACGUAGAGCUCCAGUUCAACCACUACUGCCGAGGGAAGUCACAUACAAGUCCAGAUGCAGAGGAGGAUAUCUCAAAGCUUGUCCAAGCAUUCCACGACUCAAAGGUUCACAAAUACACUGCUGGGCGAAAGGCAAAGAACAAAUGUGUUGAUGUUAUGGUCAAGGGUAGUGAGUCUGCCAGGAUCACGAAGUCGAUGGAUUCAUACUAUGAGAAGCGCAAACGCGAGCAGAGCACUGAUGAACGCUACUUAGAGUCCGGAGGAACUGGGAGCACAUCUAGUAUUACCGGUACCGCGACAACAACUACCUAG